AUGACGACGGUAUCUCAAAACGCCAUCGAAGUUGCCCGCAAAAGUGGUCUUUGCAAACUGUUCGGAAUCAAGCUCAUCACGCACCCUUCCGUCGUCUACUUCGCUGCCAACGCCGGCUUUGAUGCCCUCUUCAUUGAUCUGGAGCAUUCAACACUUUCUCUAGAGAAUGCAGCUGGUCUUUGCGUAUCAGCACUGUCUCUGAACCUAACACCGUUCGUUCGAGUGCCUUAUCAGUGCGGUGAUGGGUUCAAACAGCGGGUGCUUGACAAUGGAGCUCGAGGGAUCGUCUUUCCUCACAUCUACGAUGAGGGGGACGCAAAAGCCGCCGUCAGGAUUUGCAAAUACCCUCCGACGGGAAGCCGUUCCAUGACAGGACAGUUGCCCCUUUUCGACUUCAAGACCACACCGCAGGCGAAAGUAAUGCACGAAAUGAACGAACAUGGCUCAACAAUUCUCCUUCAAAUCGAGACAGUAGCAAGCGUCGACAACGUCGAAGCCAUCGCCGCAGUCUCAGGCGUUGAUGUCUUGCUCAUAGGAGCAAACGACCUCUCCAUCGAAAUGGGCAUCGCUGGGGAUUUCGAGAACGAGCGAUUUCGAGAUGCUUUGAGGAAAGUGAGCAAAGCAUGUCAUGCGAAUGGGAAGAUCAUGGGCUUGGCUGGUGUGUAUAAUCAUCUGGAGUAUCAGAGAUGGGCCGUGAGGGAGCUGGGUGUGCGUUUGAUUCUGGGAGAUCAAGAUGCAGCGUUGGUGGCGGCUGGGAGUAAGAAAUGUGUUGAGGCUUUGAGUCGAUUGUAG